UGACAGAUUGCGUCAGUGCCAAUCCGUGAUAAAUAUAAAAGACGUCAAAAAUAAAAUAAAAAAACAUUAAUUACGGUAAUUACCAUGACGUAUUAUAGUUUCAGAUAGUUAAUAAAAAUAUACUAUUAAUUUGUCUCGAAUAUUACAUUAUAUUUUAUUUAGAAUAUAGUAAAGUUUUAGAAACAACUGCAAAAACUUAACCUAGAAGGAGAGAGUGGUGUGCACAUUUUUCUGGAUUUACUCAAUUAUUUUAACAGAAUACUUAAAAUUUUAUUAAACAUGGAAGGAGAUUUCAUCAAAAACAAUUUAUUGAUAGGUAUGGGAAAUCCUCUUUUAGACAUCUCGGCUGUAGUAGAAAAAGACCUACUCCAAAAAUAUGAACUCAAAGAAGAUAAUGCCAUUUUGGCGGAAGAAAAACAUAAGCCUAUAUAUGAUGAACUUACAGCCAAAUACCCUGUUAGUUACAUUGCCGGAGGAAGUGUUCAAAAUUCUUUGAGAGUAGCACAAUGGUUGCUAGAAAAACCAAAUGUAGUUACGUUUUUUGGAUGUGUAGGACAAGAUAAAUAUUCAAAAAUAUUGUAUGAAGAAGCUACUUCAAGUGGUGUUAAUGUUAAAUACCAAUACAGUAGUGCAUCACCCACAGGUACCUGUGCUGUGUUGAUAACAGGCUACAAUCGCUCUCUAUGUGCAAACUUAGGCGCUGCAAAUGAUUUUACAAUUGACCAUCUGUCUGAUCCAGAAAAUAAAAAGUUGAUAGAAAGUGCACAGUUUUAUUAUGUGUCCGGAUUUUUCUUAACAGUAAAUCCAGCAGCUCAAAUGGAAAUGGCCAAGUAUGCUGUAAGCAAAAACCGUCCUUUUGUAAUGAACUUAAGUGCCCCUUUCAUUUGUCAAUUUUUUUUCAAAGCAUUUGCUGAUGCUUUACCUUAUACAGACCUGUUAUUUGGAAAUGAAUCUGAAGCAGAAACUUUAUCAGAGAGUUAUAAUUUUGGUACCAAAAAUAUUGAAGAAAUCGCAUUGAAAAUAUCUGAAUUGCCUAAAGAAAAUGAGAAUCGAAAAAGGACAGUUAUCAUUACCCAAGGUGUUGAACCCAUCAUAGUUGCAUCAGAAGGCAAAAUACGGAAGUUUCCCAUUGUUAAAUUGUCUAAAGAGAAAAUUGUUGACACAAAUGGGGCUGGAGAUGCCUUCGCAGGUGGAUUUUUAUCACAAUACAUUUUAGGAAGAAGUUUGGAAGUAUGUAUAAAAUGUGCAGCUUGGGCUGCUGCUGAGAUUAUUCAAAGAAACGGUUGCAGUUUUGAGGGAAAACCUGCCUUUAAUCCAGAGUUAUAAUGUUACAUAAAUGACUUAGGUAUAAAUUGCUGCCUAUUUUUUAAAAAGAGAAAAUUAAUACAAGAUCGCAUUUAUAAAAUGAAUGACUUUAUGUUAAAACAUUUUAUAUUUUUUGUAAAAAAAUUACAUUUAUGUUAAGAGGCAACAGCGCGUCAUCAAUAUUUUUGUUUCGUCGGCAGUACGACAGUGACAGUGAUACUAUACUAUCAAAAACAAUAAUUAUUAUAUUCAUAGGCGCGCUAAAUGUUGCCAAGUCGAUCAAGUUGGAUUUCUUGCUAUAGAUAAUCGAUUUUUAGUAGUUCCAAUGUGACACAAAAGUUUAUUUGAAGAAAGUGUAUUUUUUGUCCUUCUUAAUGACGGUACAAGCUCGUUUUUGCAAUAUUUUAUUUAACUAUAGAGCAGUGUUUCCCAACCUUUUUUGUGCCUUGCCCCACCUUAGCCUUUCUUAAAUUUAUACCUCUUAUGUAACAUACAUAUACAGGGUGUAACGAAAAUACAGGUCAUACAUUAAAUCACAUAUUCUGACACGAAAAAUAGUUCGAAUGAACCUAACUUACCGUAGUACAAGUAUGCACAUAAAAAAAGUUACAGCCCUUUGAAGUUACAAAAUGAAAAUAGAUUUUUUCAAAUAUGUAUAUCGAAAACUAUUAGAGAUUUUUUAUUGAAAAUGGACAUGUGGCAUUCUUAUCGCAGGAACGUCUUAAAAAAGAAUUAUAGUAAAAUUUGUGCACCCCAUAAAAAUUUUAUGGAGGUUUUGUUUCCUUAAACCUCCCAAACUUUUGUGUACGUUCCAAUUAAAUUAUUAUUGUGGUACCAUUAGUUAAAUUCAAUAUUUCGAAAACUUUUUUGCCUCUUAGUAUUUUUUCGAUAAGGAAGUUUUUAUCGAGUUGCGGCUUCUAUUUUAAUAUGUUUACAUAAAAGUUUUAUGGGGGUUUUGUUCCUUUAGACCCCCCAAAUGUUUGUGUAUGUUCCAAUUAAACUAUUACUGCGGUACCAUUAGUUAAACACAGUGUUUUUAAAACUUUUUUGCCUCUGUAUUUUUUCGAUAAGGCGCCUUUUAUCGAGAUGUGGUUUCUUUUUUAAUAUGGUUCAAAAUAUAUCUAAAAAAGUAAAUCAUAAAUAAAUUUUCAUAUGAUUACCAAGUCUCCUUAAUCGUACUUAGCCAUAUACAAAUAUGUGGUGGAUUUGACAAAUAUUCAAAAUAUCUCGAUAAAAACUGACUUUUCGAAAAGGUACUAAGAGGCAAAAAGUUUUUAAAAUAUCGUGUUUGACUAAUGGUACUACAAUAAUAAUUAAAUUCGAACGUACACAAAAGUUUGGAUGGGUUUAAAGGAACAAAACCCCCAUAAAAUUUUUAUGGGGUGUCCAAAUUUCACUAUAAUUUUUUCUUAAUAAAAGAUCUCUAAUAGUUUUCGAUAUAUUGGAAAAAAUCGAUUUUCUUUUUGUAACUUAAAAGGCCUGUAACUUUUUUAUGUGCAUAUUUAUUUGUACUAAGGUAAGUUCAGUUCAAUAGAACUAUUUUUGGUCCCAGAAUAUGUGAUUAAAUUUAUGACCUGUAUUUUUGUUAUACCCUGUAUAUUUGGGAGCAAAUAUCAAUAACCAGUGUACCCCAAAAAAGAAAUCCUAUCAAGAAUCGAACAAGCGAGGAAAACACUCAAAAACAUGAAAACAUUUUUUUACAACAAUAGACCUUAGUCUGGAGCUCAGAAUCUGAAUAAUCAAAUGUUGUGAAGCAUGGCUGUGAAAGUUGGAUAAUGGACUCUGAAACAGCAAAAGAAUGCUGAGAAUUCCAUGUGUACAAAAAGUUACUAACAACGGGGUACUUCAGUGCAUGAGUAACAAAAAGAGUUACUAAGAAUAAUCAAAGAGAGGAAAAUAAAAUAUUUGGGUCAAGUGUUGAGAGGUGAAAGAUAUGAAUUACUUCAAAUCGUAUUUGAAGGUCAAGUAGAGGGCAAAAGAUCAGUAGGAAGACGCCAGAACUCGUGGCUGAAAUACCUAAGGAGUUGGUUUGACCUCUGACGCGGUUGGUUAGGUAAAUAUGAAGAUGGAGAGGUUACCAAUAGUUUUCUUGUACAUUUGGUUGAAUCUGGAAAUUGGAUCUUGAAAUGAAAUAGAUUUUGAAUCUAUUUCAUCAGAAAUCCAUGCCAUCGCUCUUUUUAUAUUAAAUAAAGUUUUAACUGUCUGAUCAUUUUUGCAAUUCUUUGAGUUUUUCUUAAUACUGCAUAUUUGAUAUAUCAGACAAAUCGCCAACAUUGGCUGCAUCAUCCACGUUGAAAAAAUCAUUUUGUUUUAAAUCAGAAAAUAUUUAUUUUUCACAUUUUCAGUUACCUCACAUUUUUGGAGCCGAUGAAACUAUUCAAAGUUUUUGUUAAUAUGUUUCUGACAAAACUCAAUAUGGGUAAUAAAACCAAAUAUCUUCGCUUUGCAUUGACAAAAGUUUUAUUUGUUCCUAGAAGUAUUAGCUUAUUUAGCUUAGCACAAAAAUACUUUACCAUCGAUUGUUAACAGUAUCAAACUGUUCUAUAAAUAUUUUCAAGCAGUUCCCUAUAUAAUCCCAUCAUCUUACUAGUAAAAGUCUACGUCCUCAUCUUGUUCUUCACAAAAUAGCUUUAAGAUACGCUCACAUUUAGCAUUAACACACUUUAACACUUUAUUACGGAAUGUAGUACUUCAUUUAGAUCAGGCGAGAUGUUUUAGCUACCAAGUUUUCCGUAUGAAUAACACAAUUCGCAAGAAUCAUUUCUGGAUUAGCAUCUUUCAUCAAUUUUAAGCAGGCAUUUUUUGCGUAUCAAAUUAGGAGCACCGUCUGCAGCACAAGAUGUAAGUUAUCAAUACUCCCUCAAUGUCUUUUAAAGUUGAUUCAUCCAUUUGCCUCAAGUUGAUUUUCAAUAUCUUCACCUAUUUCGUCUAUUCUUCUACUAACAGUAUUAUUACUGACUAACAUAACUUUAACAUCUUUGUCAUCUUUUUCAAGAACCAUUUUAGAAAAUGCUGAUAUUGACGGUUUUAUUAAAAAUUCUCUCCUACAGUAAGAUUUAUUCCAGUUUUAGUGAUGAAUAUCUUCACUCCUUCACUGAAAUCUACUAUUGCAUUAAAAUGGCCCGGGACGAAAAAUUUAAACUCGGGUCAACCAUAUUCGAAUUGCCCCCCUUAACAAUCAAAUUGCCCCCCUGUGGGGCGUGGACCCCACGUUGGGAAACACUGCUAUAGAGUAAUUUCCGCAUAAAUACUAACAUAAUUCUCAAAUUGGGCUCUGUACCGCCAUUAUUUACUAUAUUACGAAUAUGUGUGCCAAAUAUCUCAACAAAAUAUUCAAAAUUAAAGCUGCAAUCUUGGAACGCGUUUUCCGCACGCUGAUGUUGCCUCUUAAUAAACACAUGUAUAACAUACAUAUUCUAGCUUAUUUUAAAUAAAACUUAACUUUUUUACAUCCAACAAUAAUUUUACACAAAGUUAUUAUUGAUUUUUUAUUUUUAAAUAAUGUAAUGUUAACCUAUUAAGAUUGAUGCAAAUACAUUUAAAAAAUGUGUCGGAUUUUAGAAAACUAUAUUAUACCAUCCUCAGGAAAUGUAUGUUAUAAUAAAAAUUGCGAAUACUUUAAACAU